UGAAUUGACCAGAGCGUUGUUCCCUCUCUCUACUCAUCAAUGGCUGCAAAUACAUUUGCUCUGCCCUCCAGUUUCCGAGUCCAAACGCCGUCGUUUUACUUCAGAGCUCCCGCUUUCACCCACUCCUCCCUCAGCCAUUUCUCUUGUUUCUCUCUCCGCCAUAAAUUCCCAAACAAACCCCUAAUUCUCAGCUGCCGCUGCUGCGCUCUCACUAUCAAUGCCAAUCAAUCCACGCUUGCGCACUCGGGUGUAAUGAUAUUCCCAUUGUUUCUAGAAAUGGGGUUCAACGAGAAACAGACUGAAGCAAUUUUGGAUAACAAUGCAGUUCUUAGAUUUACCCCUUUGGAAUCCAUUCACAGCAGAGUUCAUCUCCUUCAAUCUGCUGGAUUGGACAGCCUUUCUCUCUCUAAGUUAAUCCUCAAACGGCCCUACAUAUUAACGUCCAAAGAAAUCGACACGCUGCUCAACUUCCUCAUCGGCAACUGUAAUUCAGAGUUUGAUGCACAAAUCGAGCCGGCCCAAAUCGAGCGCCUCCUGAACACAGCAGACCCUCGAUGUCUUGUCGGAUUCGAGACGAAAGUGAGAUUACUACUCCAAUUCGGCAUUCCCAAAGAAAAGCUCGUUCACGUGCUCAACAAUGUCAAUCUCACCAAAGCGUUGUGUCUUAAAUCCAUUGAAGAAAUCGAGAUAACACUCGCUUAUCUGCAACGCUUUGGUGGGCCCAACUUGAUCCUACGGAGGCCCCUCAUUCUCAACUACGAUUUAGAUACUCAUUUAAUUCCAAGAAUCGGGUUCCUCUUAGAUUUGAGCGGGAAUAACGAGGAUUCAACAUCGAUAGUUUUGCAUAAAUUCCCAUUCGUUUUGGCUUAUAGCGUUGACCACUUAAAAGACCACGUCGAAUUCUUGAAUUCCUACGCUGGUUUGAGCUACGAGGAGAUUUUCAAGAUCAUACUCGUUUAUCCGAGUCUGUUCAGCGCAAGCAGAAAGAGGAAAAUUCAUCCAAGAAUCGAUUUUCUCAAGGAGUGUGGAUUGAGUUCGAACGACAUAUUCAAGUUCUUGAUUAAAGCACCUUUGUUUCUGAGUUUGUCAUUUGAGGAGAAUUUAGCGAAUAAAUUGGUUGUCUUGGUGAAGAUUGGGUACGAGAAUAGGACAAAGGAGUUGGCUAUGGCGAUGGGAGCUGUCACGAGGUGCAGUUGUAAGAAUCUGCAAGAAGUGAUUGGGGUUUUCUUGAAUUACGGGUUGACUUGUGAGGAUAUUUUGGAUAUGAGCAAGAAACACCCUCAAGUUUUGCAGUACAAUCACGAGUCUUUGGAGGAGAAACUGGAUUACUUGAUUGAGGAAAUGGGUCGAAAAGUUGGGGAGCUUUUGUCCUUUCCUGCAUUUCUUGGGUACAAGCUUGACGGUCGUAUUAAGCAUAGGUACGAAGAGAAGAGAAAGAUUUUAGGUGAAGGGAUGUCUAUCAACAAGCUAUUGAGUGUUUCUGCAGCGAGUUUUUCGAAUAAAAGUCGAAGGAAGCCAACGGUUCGUGUUAGUGAAGGUAAAUGAGAAGUUUGCUGGUUUUAUUUGGGGGCUCUAAUUUUCUAGUUCUCGAUUCUCGUGUACCAAAGGUCUAAUUUGGUGAAAAUGAUGAUCCAAUUAUCAACGGGAGACGAGACUGUCACAGGGAAUUAAAUCCGGUUUUUUUUUUUUCCUCAGAAAGAUGAGCUGUACAAUCGGUUAUAUACAAGUUUUGCAUGCUGGGGAUUAUUUGUGAGCCGUAAAAUGGGAGUGCAGUGAGGAGAAUGAAAAUUGUAGAGGUGCUAGUAGAGAGAUGAGAUGAUGUUGAAAUAUAUUGUAUAUCAAUAACCAUUGAUUCGAAAAUAACGGCAUUUUGUUAGAGCUU